AUGGCCGCGCUGGGUCACGCCGCGAUCGCGGCGGCGCCUCCGGUGAGCGCCGAGCGCUCGAUUCGGCACCGCCCCCGGGGCCGCCCCUUCCCCGCCCGCCCGUGCCGUACCCGGGCCCGCCUCCGCCCGCUGCGACCGCCCGUACCGGCCCCGCCUCCGCCCGCUUCUCCUGGCCCUUGGCCGGCCGCUCCUCCAGUCACUCCCCAGCCUCUCUUCGCGUCCGUUCCCUUACAGCUCCUCUCGUUACUUCUGUGCGCUCCCCGGGUCAUCGGGAACUCUGAGGGUUCAGCAGUUUUAAGCGAUAACACACUGCUAGAACUUUACUUUCAGAGUUUGCGCCAUCCUAUGCGUAUUCCCGAUGUCUGA